AUGCCUCGAGUGGCUCAGGUUCCGCGCGCAGGCAGCGUCAGAGCGACCUCCGGGUCAAUGAAUACGUCGCCCUUCAAGAACUCACCCGUCAAAAUCCCCCUCAACGACGAUGCGGAAGAAAAGGCGCGACGAGCGCACUCUCGCCACGCUUUUCACGAGCGCCAGCGCAACGAAUUAAAGGCCGCUGCCGCGACUCCUCUGCGCAGAAACAAUGGCAGCUUAGAAGAUAUCGAAAAUGACACACCGGGCUCAAAUCCCAAGACACCCCACGCUCGCGGCAGUCGAGGCAGACAAGUCAUUGUUGAUGACGACGACGAUGAAGGCUUCGUGGUUAGCGGAAGCGCGGUCACGCCUAUGAAACGAGUACCGAUUCUUGCCAAUUUCGAGGAGUGGAUGAAGAUGGCCACAGACAACAAGAUCAAUGCAAAUAACUCCUGGAACUUCGCCCUGAUCGACUACUUUCACGAUAUGUCACUUCUCAAGGAGGGCGAUGGAGUAAACUUUCAGAAAGCUAGUUGCACGUUGGAUGGUUGUGUCAAGAUUUACACGAGCAGAGUUGACAGUGUCGCAACUGAAACCGGCAAGCUAUUGAGUGGUCUCGCAGACAGCAACAACAAGAAGAAGGGCAAGGAGGGCGACGAAGUCGAGGGAGAAGAGAGCGAGGAGGAAGUCGACGAAGAUGGCAACGUCAGGAAGAAGCCGAAGCGAAAGACACAACGAUCCUCCGAGGCGACCCUCGCGCCCAACUUCUCCUCGCUUCAACUCAAGAAGUUUGAACUGGAGUUCGCCGUGGACCCUCUCUUCAAGAAAACCUCCGCAGAUUUCGACGAAGGCGGCGCCAAGGGCUUACUGUUGAACCACCUCAUGAUUGAUGCCCAAGGACGCAUCGUCUUCGAUAGCAGUGACGAAGUUGGUGACGCACAUACCUCAAAGACCCGAAAGAAGAACGACGACGCCGAGGAUGAGGAUGACGAGAACACAGAAAUGCAGGAUGUUUCGGCAAUACAAGACGAGCCCGAGCAGGAGGAAAACACUGAAGAUGUUGAGAUCGACCUCGGAGCUCUCGGCGCCAAAUUCUUCUCCGACCUUGGUCGUCUCGAUGAGCUUGACGUCUGUCCAUCAUUGAAGAACUUCGACCUUGGCGACCCCUCUGGUUCCAUGGACAUUCCCUUCCUCAGAGCACCGGACGAUUGGAGAGGUGACCAAGACAAGGACAAGAACCCCGACUUGUUGGGCGACAAUUCUGGCAUGUUUAUUGACGGUGACAAUGCUGCCGGCUUUGAUGACGACGAUCUUGGUCUAGGCGGCUUCGAGCUCGGCGCCGACGUGGCCUUUGGUGAGGGCGGUGAGGCUUGGGCCAGGGAAGCCGCUCUUGAGCCUCAAAUGCGGGUCUACGAUGCUGGCCUCGGAGAAGAUGCUGCCGACGGUGACGGAGUCGAGAUGCUCGACCAAGACAAUGGAGACUUCGUCGUAUCCAUGUCUCACGCUAAGAGUGCCGACAAGAUGCAUGAGGACAUUCUCGGGUAUUUCGACCAAGCAUUGCAGAAGAACUGGUCCAGUGCCGAGCACUGGCGAAUCAGAAAGAUCAAGGACGUCAACAAGCCAGCCGGUCCUGCCAGGGUGCGCAAGGAGAAGGAGCCUUUUGAGAUCGACUUCUCAGCACCCCUCGAUCAAGCCUUGGCCGACAUCUUGUACACUCAGGCUUCAAGCAACUCCGCCGUUUCCAUGCCCAAGAAGGACUGGAAGUCAAAGUCUCGCAACCUGCUGCCUGAUGACAAACAUUUCAACUCAAAAUCACUUCUCAACCUCUUCCUCAAGCCCAAGGCACGUCUCGGCAGGAGGCGAAUUCUCGGAAACAGAGGCGGCAUGUUUGGCAAUGCUGGACAAGACAGAGACGUCCCAGAAGGGGAGAUGGACGAGGCGUUCUGGGCACAGCAGAAGGCCCCGGUGAAGAGCGAAGACGAGCCGCUGCCGGAGGGAGACUACGAUGCAAACUUCUUCCAGGACGACGCUCUUCCGUUUGCCGGAGGCUUGGACGAUGACGACGAUGAGUUUGCGGAUGCCCGUGAGCACUUGUCGCCCGGGGCCGAAGGGGACGUGGGCGCGACGGAAGCCCUCGGCAUGACGGCUUUGCUCGGCGGCGACGCUACUACUAAUGCUCUGACCGGCGCUUUUGGCACGACUCUUGUCACGCAAACCCGUCGCAUGCGGCCAGACUACGUGCAGUUCGCGCGUGUUGCCAAGAAGGUGGAUGUGAGGCGCCUAAAGGAGGAGAUUUGGAAGGGCAUGGGCCUCGAGGGCCUGGACAGCGAUUCCACACAUCUCUCAGCGGCACCGCCUGCUGAUGACGCAGCUGCACCGCCCGCGCCACCCACCAAGGAUACCGAACUCAAGUUCACCGAGGUCAUGAACAGCCUAGGUUCGGUGUACCCCAAGGCCAUGAUGGAGGACAUCUCGACCAGUUUCUGCUUCAUCAGUCUGCUGCAUCUCGCCAACGAGAAGGGCCUCGUCAUCGAGAAGACACCCGAGCUCACUGAGCUGAACAUCCGCAAGGACUGGACGGCCGAGAUCGUGGGAGGGGAGUAA